UCUCCCGCUCCCACAUUUCAAAAUCAUUUCAAUGCGGCUCCUAGAGACCGAGAGUCCGAUAAAAUAUCCGAAUUAGUGGAAAGUACGGUAACAAAUGAGGGCAAAUUAAUCAAAUUCAUUUUCGAUUCUCUUCUUCAAUUCAAUGUUUGCAGCUUACACCUCAUAACCUGUCUCUUCUUGUUAUACUUGAUGCUCUUCUUUUCUAUCUGGACUGAGUUUUGAUUGGAAUUAUCAGAUAAUUGAACUUGGAUUUAUGUUGGUAGAGGAAGGACAAGGGAGAUUUGAGACCGAAGUCGAUCUUUAAGCUUCAGGGACCAUUUUUCUAUAUCAUGAAUCCACUACUUUUGCAUGGUGGAGGUGGAAGAAGCUAAUUUACUGCCAAGUCGCCUGUAUAUAGAGCAAACAAGCUCUCCAAAAGGGAGGGAAUCAAAACGAUGCUGAACUCUUGUUAUUUAAUAUUAUUCUCUCCUUCCCAGUGCUAUCCUGCAAACCCGUUGACACCCAUCUGUUUCAUAGAAACUCGUAUGAUGUGCUAAACAGUAGAAAGCUGCUAUCUCAAACAAAUAUAUCAACUUUUCUGUAUUUCGACAGCUCCUUUAUGUUGGCCAGCUUUGAUUGCAAUGGAUGCAGAAACUCCAAAUUCACAACGACAGCAGGUUACCAUUAAACUAUGGCCCCCUAGCCAGAACACACGUCAAGUGCUAGUGGAGCGGAUGACAAAAAAUCUCUCUACUCCAACUAUUUUCACUCGCAAGUAUGGCAAUCUCAGCGAGCAUGAAGCUUCAGAAUAUGCCAAACAAAUUGAAGAAUCUGCUUUUGCUGAUACAAAUCAACACUAUGACCUAGAACCUGAUGGAGAUGGCAGUUCUGCCGUGCAAUUGUAUGCUAGGGAAUGCAGUAAGCUCAUUUUAGAAGUUCUUAAAAAUGGCCCCGGUGUAGAGGAGAAAGGGAUUGUGAAAUCUCAGGUUUCUGCUGUUGGUGAAACCUUUUUCGAUAUUUCCAAAGGUCAACGUGCAUUUAUAGAAGCAGAUGAGGCAAAAACACUUCUGAUGCCAUUAAAAGAUCCUGGAAAUUCCUAUACUGAACUAUGUUUUAGCAAUAGAAGCUUCGGUCUAGGUGCAGCUCAUGUUGCUGGGCCUAUAUUGGCAUCCAUUAAGAACCAGUUGAAGAAAGUUGAUCUCUCAGAUUUUGUUGCGGGACGACCAGAGGCUGAAGCUCUUGAUGUCAUGAAUAUAUUCUCUGCUGCUCUGGAAGGCUCUCAUUUGAUGUGUCUGAACCUGUCGGACAAUGCCUUGGGUGAGAAAGGAGUUAGGGCAUUUGGGAAGCUCUUGCAGUCUCAAACUAGAUUGGAGAAACUAUAUCUAAUGAACAAUGGAAUAUCAGAAGAAGCUGCACGAGCUGUCUGUGAGUUGGUUCCUUCCUCAGAGAACCUCAGGGUUCUUCAGUUUCACAAUAAUAUGACAGGAGAUGAAGGAGCUGUUGCUAUUUCUGAGAUUCUAAGGCGUUGUCCUUUGUUGGAGGAUUUUCGGUGCUCAUCUACACGAGUAGGCUCUGAAGGAGGAGUUGCUCUGUCUGAAGCACUUGGGGGAUGUAAGAAUCUGAAGAAACUUGAUCUACGGGACAACAUGUUUGGCAUAGAGGUUGGUGUCAAGUUGAGCGAGGCUCUUUCCAAACACGAAUAUCUUACUGAAGUUUAUUUGAGCUACCUCAAUCUUGAAGAUGAGGGAGCCAUUGCCAUGGCCAAUGCUCUUAAGGAGGCAGCCCCUUUACUUGGGAUAUUGGAGAUGGCUGGAAACGAUAUUACAGCUGAAGCUGCUCCCAGUUUAGCUGCUUGCAUUUCUGCUAAAAGGGCUAUCGCGAAGUUGAACUUGUCUGAGAAUGAACUCAAGGAUGAGGGUGCCAUUCAGAUCAGCAAGGCUCUUGAAGCCCAGGAUCAAGUGAAGGAGAUUGAUAUGAGCGUGAAUUCAUUAAGAAGGGCUGGGGCCAGAUCAUUAGCUCAGGCUUUGGUGCACAAGCCAGAGUUCAAGUUGCUGAAUGUUAAUGGGAACUUCAUUUCUGAUGAAGGUAUUGAUGAGUUGAAGGAUAUCUUCAAAGAAUCUCCGGAAAAGCUUGGACCCUUGGUUGAGAAUGACCCUGAAGGAGGAGAUGAUGAUGACAACAAAGAGUCUGGGGAUGAUGGUGAAUGCAGUGAAGAUGAAUUGGAAUCCAAACUCAAAAAUCUUGAUGUCAAUCAAGACGAAUAGAGGCUUCUCUCGAACUUUUUAUGAAGAUUUGCCACGUGAGACUAGAAAUUUGCCUAACCCUAUGUGGUUAGUUAUUUUGAACUGAUUUCUUUAGUGUCUCUUGUGAUGGGCCUGUCGCACUGCCUUGUAAAAGCUAAUUGAUAUUCUAUCAAGAGUUUGAUGGAAUGAUUUUAUGUUUAAUACUUACCUUAGCAUUUAUGUAUUAGUAGACCUAGGCAAAUUUAUGCAGAGCUGUAAUUCUUCGUGGGAUCUAUGUAAUGUUUUCUUUCUGCGGUUUAAAGCAUGUCCACUUUCUGUUGCA